AACAAGAUGAAGCUCAUCAUCCUGGACCACUAUUCUCAGGCCAGUGAGUGGGCCGCCAAGUACAUCAGGAACCGCAUCAUCCAGUUUAACCCCGGACCAGACAAGUACUUCACCUUGGGGCUCCCCACCGGGAGCACCCCACUUGGCUGCUACAAGAAGCUAAUUGAGUACUAUAAGAAUGGAGACCUGUCCUUCAAAUAUGUGAAGACCUUCAACAUGGACGAGUAUGUGGGUCUUCCUCGAGAGCACCCAGAGAGUUACCACUCCUUUAUGUGGAACAACUUCUUCAAGCACAUUGACAUCCACCCGGAAAACACCCACAUUCUGGACGGGAAUGCAGCUGACCUGCAGGCUGAGUGUGACGCCUUUGAAGAGAAGAUCCAGGCUGCAGGCGGGAUUGAGCUGUUUGUUGGAGGCAUCGGCCCCGACGGACACAUUGCCUUCAAUGAGCCGGGCUCCAGUCUGGUAUCCAGGACUCGUGUGAAGACGCUGGCCAUGGACACCAUCCUGGCCAAUGCUAGGUUCUUCGAUGGAGACCUCGCCAAGGUGCCCACCAUGGCCCUGACGGUGGGUGUGGGCACUGUCAUGAAUGCCAGAGAGGUGAUGAUCCUCAUCACAGGUGCUCACAAGGCAUUUGCUCUGUACAAAGCCAUUGAGGAGGGAGUGAACCAUAUGUGGACCGUGUCUGCCUUCCAGCAGCAUCCCCGCACCGUGUUUGUGUGCGAUGAGGAUGCCACCCUGGAGCUGAAAGUGAAGACCGUGAAGUAUUUCAAAGGUUUAAUGCUUGUUCAUAACAAGUUGGUGGACCCCUUGUACAGUAUCAAAGAGAAAGAAACAGAGAAAAGCCAGUCUUCUAAGAAACCAUACAGUGAUUAACCUGUGCUAAUCCUAGUGCCAGGUACCUCACCGGGACAGGCAGGUCUUUCUGGAAAUUGUCUUGGGGACAGAAUUGUGUUUUUUUCAUCCAGUACGAUUACUCUGGAUAAAUGGUAGAACGUAACUGUUCUUGGCUCUGCAGUGUGGAGCCUAUUCAUGGAGUUUAGCUAUAGGAGAAAUGACUUGUCUGUAACUUAUUAAUCAGAAAAAAAAAUCACUCCA